GUCGUGCCGUGGAUCGGCGGACCCGCAGUGUCUCGGCCGAUCUCACAUCGAUCGCACCACACGUUCACCACAGUUCGUCCACAUUCGCGCGCAACACACGCACACCGCACGUCAAGGAACGCCACGCUCUCCGGUUCCGCUCGAUUUCGCAUCGAUUCUCUCCUUCUCCUCCUCCUCCUCCUUCUCUUCUUCUUCUCGUUCCCUUCUCCGUCGAUUCGCUCCUCGAUCUCUCUCAUCUGAUCCUCUCGUUCAUCUCUCUCUCCCUCCUUUCCUCUUCUUCUCCUAUCUGCAUCUCCACGUCUCUCCUUCCUCCCGAUUCGCAUGCCUCUUCUUCGCCGAGGUACAUCAUCAUCGCCGAUCGUUCCCACGAUCACUGUCGCGGCCGCCAGCGGUCGAGGAGGCAGCAGCAGCAGUCGCCGCGCGUACUCGUCGCGUGUUCAGAUCGGACUCGACGUGGAGUCGGGAGCAGGAAUCGCGGGAUCUUGGCUGGUACCGCCGUGAGGGAUCGUUCGGCCGUGGACGUGGAGGAUCCACUGGACAUGUCCUGACCCGCGAUCGGAACGUUUCCUCGGGCGACGAGCACGUACGACGACGAGCGACCGGCGCGAGUAAAAGAGAGAAGUAAAAGCGCGCUAUUUUUUUUUUUAAUCCGGAUCGCGACCAGCAUCUCCGGUACAUAAUAACGCUCGACGAUCCGACCGGCACACUUAGCGCGCACCGCCGCGAGAGGAGGACCGACUUUCUCCAGUUGGCACUGUUGGCAGUCAAGCCGUGCGCGCGCGAGGCAGCGCUUCGAGGUCGCUGCGAGAAAACGCCGCGUGCCGCGAGGACGAGGUGGAUUGUACGCGCGACUAGUUGAAUGAGGUCUCGAAAGAAUCCACUUUGACAAGUCGGUUGUUGCUCGUGCAUGACGCACUGCGCGCCGCCUCAAAGGCGUAUCCAGGCGCUGCGGUACACCGGAGAGAGAGACAGGAAAGGAACACGCGUGCCUUCGCACUUCGCGCCGCUUGUGCUGUGAUUUCGGGGUGAACGCUCGGUGAACGCCAUUCAGAAUGAGGGUGCAUCGCGGGAUCUGCGCCAAACUGCAGGGCGGCUUUCUCAGACGAUGGUGGGCGGCCGUUGCGUGCGGAGUCCUGCUGAUAAUUCUGGCCGCCGUCCUGGCGGUUCUAUUCCCGAAUCUCAUCAACCUGGUCCUGGAUAAGGAGCUCGCGAUAACGGAGGGCGGCCGCACGUACAAAUUCUGGAAGGAGCCGCCGGUGGUGCCGCGUAUGCAAGUUUACAUUUACAACGUGACGAACGCCGACGAGUUUCUGAACAACGGCGAGAAACCGGCACUGCAAGAGCUGGGCCCGUACGUUUACGAGCAGCAUUGGGAAAAGGUGGACAUCAAAUUCAACGACAAUGGUACCGUCACCUACAAAGUCAAGAAGACGUUUGUCUUUAAUUCGAGCCUGUCAACCGGUUCCGAGGACGAUCUGGUCGUCGUGCCGAACGUUCCUAUGCUAUCGGCUACCAGCCAGUCGAAGCACGCCGCUCGUUUCCUGCGACUGGCGAUGGCGUCCAUCAUGGACAUCUUGAAGAUCAAGCCAUUCGUCGAAGUGUCGGUCGGCCAGCUGCUCUGGGGCUACGACGAUCCCCUGCUCAAGCUGGCCAAGGACGUCGUGCCCAAAGAACAAAAAUUGCCGUACGAUCAGUUCGGUCUCCUCUAUGGCAAAAACGCGACCGGAUCGGAUCUGUACACGAUAUUCACGGGCACUACCGACAUCACCAAAUUCGGAUUAAUGGACAGGUGGAAUGGCAAGGACGCCCUCGGUUUCUGGACCACGCAGGAAUGUGAUUCCAUCAUGGGCACCGACGGCAGCAUAUUCCCGCCUCAUAUUACGAAGGAGACCGUGCUCAAGGUCUUCGACAAGGACCUCUGCCGGACGUUGCCGCUGGUUUAUCAGCGCGACGUGAUAGCCUCCGGAGGGAUCCCCGGCUACAGAUUCUCUCCGCCGACGAAUGUCUUCACGACGGUGGAGAAUCUACCGUCGCAGCAGUGUUACUGUCCAGCUGGACCGCCGUGUGCACCGGAAGGCACAUUCAAUGUCUCCCUGUGCCAAUACGAUUCGCCGGUUCUCCUCACUUUCCCGCAUUUCUACCUUGCCGAUCCGGCCUUACGGGAGGCUGUCACGGGCAUAUCGCCGCCGGAAGCUGAGAAGCAUCAGCUCUACAUCGAUGUGCAACCGAUAAUGGGCACGGCCAUGAAGGCGCGAGCGAGGGUGCAGAUAAAUCUCGCGGUCAGCCAAGUGCGAGACAUCAAGCAGGUCGCUUCGUUCCCCGACAUUAUUUUCCCCAUUAUGUGGUUUGAGGAUUGCGUCGACGAGUUACCCCAGGAGAUGCGUUCCCUGCUGAAGUUGGUGGUGGAUCUGCCGCCGGUUGCCCACGCCGCGGUGUCCGGCGCCCUGGCCGCGAUCGGCGCGAUCGUCCUGCUCGGCGCGCUCAUGUGCCUGGCGCGCGCCGCCAAGCGCCAGGAGAAGCUUCAUCUGAGCAACCCGCUGCCGGCGAACGCGACGAGCACCAAGAACGGCCAGCUGAACCCUGCCUUCAGCAAGUAGAGAGUCCAGCCGGUCCAGCGAGUGUGGGAAUUGAGACGAGUGCGCGAGUGCUCGGAGUUCCGCCCCGCGAGAACGAGCCGCGCGACGAGUGUACCCUCUCGCGAGAGGACUUGGACGAUAAUCUUACUUAUUUCAUAGGCGACGGGCAUGUGCUUUAUAUCUCGAUUAGGAUUUCCACGUUCGAACCUCGCGAGUCUCGCGAGAGAGAAGAAGGAAGAGAGGGAGGAAAGGAGGGAGGGAGGGAGGCUUCUCCGACGCGAAGCGAAUUUUAUCCCUUCGCGCGGGCAGCCGAUAGUUUUAUUUAUGUUACGUUACGUGUAUUUUUUCUCGGGAUGGUAUUUUGUCAGACGGUGUCAAGUCGCGCGAGUACAAAUCAAUCGCGAACAACGGUCGGCGACAAAUUCGAGAUCCGUGGGACAGGUGGUUCGAUAUCGUCUUCUUCUUGCUCGAGAUGUAAUCGUGACAAAUCGACCGGUCUUUCCUCCGCGAAGGAGCAAGCUGACGCUCCUUCGCAUUGAGAAAAAAUGCCUAAAAAAUAUACGAACGAAUUUUAAAUCGAAACGUCUUUUCGGCGAAAACACUACGCUUCGUCGCGGUUUUUUUAAUUGAAUUCUUAUAACCGAGAAAUUGAUCGAAAAAUAAAGUCUCGUUGUCUGUUUAUAUUUACUUGAUAUUAGUUUUGUGGAAAGGGUAAUACUAAACCUGUCGUCGACGAAUGUUUUUCCUACAAUAUUUUUCUACGAUACCGAGCGGAAAUAGGAAAUUGGAGUCAAGUCAUUGUGUUACGAGGAACUCGGCGAUUGAAAUUUACAAUGACGCAACGUCGUUUCUUUUUAUCAGGAUUAUUAAUAUUAAUAACGAGGCUUCUUGCUGCACACGAUCGAAUCGAUCCUCAUCAGGAUCGCCGUUUAAUCGCGCGAGGCAAUUAUCGUCGCGAGCACUGACGUAAGGAUCAAAGAUAAAAAUUGAUAUUCCGUCCAUGGCGUUGUCCCGAGGCCAAGCUUCGUUCACGACUUCAAUUUGGAUUGCACGAGCGUGUUUGCAACGAGUAGUUUGUGUAAUCGAGACGCAGCAACAGCGGAACGACAGAAAUCUUCUUUUCUGUACAUAUAGAAUCUGGCCGUCGUUUGUCGUCUACGAAUUGUAAUUACCAAGAAUGUACUAUUUCUCGUUAUUCGUUUGUACAUUUAUUAUUAUUAUAAAUAAUGUUAUUAGACGUAGAUUAUAAUUAGAUCUAAUAAAUAAAUUACUUUUGUAUGAUAAAAAUCAAAAGAUACCAAAUUGCGCGCGCGCGCGUGAGAAAUCAGGUUAUUGGUGUCAGCGUAAUCGUUAUUAUAUGUAUAGUUGUACAACUAUAUUCUUUCUCAAGUUUUACUAACUCUCAAAAAUCACGCGCGUAUGUAAAACUCUAUAAGAAAGCUAGAGUCACAAUCGAUUAGCUUGUUGCAAAAGAUUUGUCGUUUUCAUCAAGCUUUGUAUUAAAUAAAAUUAUAAAACUAAAAUUCCUUAAAAAGAAAAUCAAAAACUCUUCUUGGAAUCUCGUGGCGGUAGUUUCGCUUCGAUUUUGUUGAAAUUCUGUCUCGACAAAUAUAUAUCUUUUGCACCAAUCUGAUAUUUUGAUUUAAAUUCCAAAUAUGAAAGAAAAAGAGAGACAGGAAUAGGAACUCUCCACUUAUUGCUCACAUCUUAUUCUUACGUAUCUCUUCUCUUUCGUCUUGGGAAUUUCCAAGUGUUUUCAAAUUUUCUUUCGCCUUUUCGUUCUUCUUGCAAGGAACGAGGAUGAUUAGGGACUCGUUCGAGAGAUGAAUGCAGGAGGAGUGAGGAAAAUAUAUAAUAGAAUUAAUUUUGUGACGA